AUGGCGCGCGCUCCCCACCGAACGGCAUCGGGGGACUUAGAACUGCAGGAUAAUGAAGCCAUCGGAUUUCGCGUUCCGCGCGCGUCGAUUGUGAUUGGCGGGAAAGAUGCAGAGGCUUGUGAUAGACCAUGUCUGUACUGCCAGAUCAAAGGGGAAGCUCUGCCAGACCUAUCCAAUGGGAAUCCUGUCGGUUUCUCGACGUCAGACUCUGUCGAGGCGCCUGAGGAGGCGGAAGAAAUUGCGGAUGACGACUUAAUGGUUGAGUUGAAAUUCAUCCCUGAUGACUCAAGCUGUCUGCAACGACUGUUCACCGUCAUGAGUGACAUGGCAGCGCUGCAUCCGGACCCCGACUCCGGCGCUUUAGAUGGGGACGAAGAUGAGCUAUUUGACGAAGCAGCUCUCCGUAGACAGGGCUGGGAAUUUGUCGAAAAUGACGGCAAUGACGCAGGUGGAAAUGGUGACAUGGAUGCCUGA